GUACAACAACUAGAAAGAAGAUUCAAAGCUAUUGAAGGGGAAUUAAAGAAACAAAAAGAAGUAAAUGAAGACUUAUUGAAAGAGAAAAAUGAUUUGAAAGCAUCUUUAAAAGUGCAAAAGGAAGAUGCAGACACAAGAGAAAGAGACCUGGAAAUGCUGCUUAAGAGGAUUUGUGAAACAGAAAAAGACAAAGCAUAUCUUCAGUUAGUGAUUGCUGAGCAGGAAAAAGAAGCUGCCUCUUUGAAGAGGCAAGUGGCAGAAGCUAACAGGUUGAGAAAUGAAAAUGAAGAUUUGCUGAGUCAAGCACAGGAGCUGAAGUGUUUACUGGACGAAGCCAAAGCAGUGGCAACCUCUGGGCAAUGUAAUUGUAAGACAGCAGGCACCAAGGUUAAAUUAAAAACAGCCAAGAAAAAGAGCUCUUUGGGAGAUCAUGGAGCUUUUCUCAAACAGUCCAUCAAGGUUAUGAGUAAUGUAUUUGAGAACUUCAGUAAGGACGGCUGGGAGGAUGUGAGUGAAAGCAGUGACUCUGAAAUACCAACUUGUGAUAGUUUGGAAACAGUGAUUAUGAAGACAGUGCAAAACAUUGAUCCACUGCCAGAAAGAAGUAAACAACAGGGAAAGAAGCAAAUACAAGACAGUCAAAAGCCCUGCAACAUUGUUCAUUUAGAAGGCAAAAACCAGCAAUAUAAUAAAAAG